AUGCAUUGUGGAGAUAAUCCUUGCCUUGUUGAACUUGCACACAUCUGUGCUAUGUGCAACGAUUCUUCAUUGGAGUUUAGCGAGGCCAAAAAUUCCUUUGACAAAGUAGGCGAGGCGACAGAAGCUGCUCUCAUUUGUUUGGUGGAAAAAAUGAAUGUACAUGAAUCAUUUAAAUCUAACUUUAAAAAACGUGAUCUAGCCAUGCUUUGCAACAACGUUAUACGAGGAAUGUAUGAUAAGGUAUUUACACUGGAGUUUUCUCGUGAC